AUGUUUGAAGAAUUGCAGCAGAGUAAACGAGCACAAGCUGCUAAUUUGAAAAAGCUUAAAGCAAAUUCUAUCAAAACUCCCUCCAAAAAUGAUUCCCAGAAGAAUAUAGAUGAAAAUGAUGUUCCUAACCGAAGCCAAGUUGAUGGAGAGAAGAAAUCAUCUGUCAAAGUUGGACAAAAGAAUGCCUCUAAGAAAAAACCAAGUACAAAAGAGAAUGCGAAAAAGUUUUUAGAUGUUUUUGGAUCUGCGAAAAGGUUAAAGAUCAAGGAAAAGGCUGUAUUGAGUGGCGUUUUUUCCAAGUACGGAUCAAAAACUGCCCUGGCUUCAAAGGAUAAUUAG